AUGGCCGAUUUCACAGUAAAGUUCCUGAGCACCGGCGUCGGGCGAGACAGGAUUAACAAAUUCGCCCAAUUCUCUGCUCAAUUCCUCGAAUGGUAUCUCAAGCGAGAAGGUGCAGACAAGGAUGUCAUUGAAAAGAUCACAAAGUUGAAGACCCAUUUGGGUAUUGCAAGGAAAUUGAUGAAUGUCGGACGUCAAUUGGAAAUGCUACGAGGUGCCCAGAAAGCUUGGGGUGUCAAGGAUCCUGUCGUACGGUUUACCACCGCUGGAAAAUUAUCUGGUUUGGCUUUAUGGCUGACUUAUGACAACUUGGGUUGGGCCAACACUGUAGGAAUCGUCAAACUCUCAAACCCCAAAGACAUUACUGAAAAGGCCAUGCAAGCUUGGAUGUUUGGUUUGGUGUGUUCCAUCAUCGGUGGAAUCUAUAAGCUACGAACAAACGCCGUGCGAUUGGAUUUGGCUAGCAAGGCUAGACGAUCUGCUGCUACAAAGAAUGUCAAGGAUGAAGGUGUUGAAAAGGAAAUCCGAGAUUUAGAAAAGGAACGAACUGGCAUCAUCCUCAACUUUUUGCAAGACGCUCUCGAUAUCACUGUACCAAUCUCUGCAUUGAACUUGCACCCUAUCGAAUCGGGAAUAGUAGGUCUUGCUGGUGCUGCAUCCGCUGCCCUCGGUGUGUACACGCAUUCUCUCACCUUGUAG